AUGGCCGCCACCGACCCAUGCCGCAUCGUCGUCAUGGCCAGCGGAAACGGCUCAAACUUUCAGGCAAUCAUCGAUGCCGUUGCCUCGGGCCGCAUACCCGAAUCCAAGAUCAUCCGUCUGAUUGUGAACCGUGGCAAAGCCUAUGCCACCACGCGCGCCGAUAAGGCCGGCAUCCCCUGGGAGUACUUCAACCUCAUAUCGAACGGCUUCCAGGCAAAGGGCGAGAAGGAUCAGCUCAAGGUUCAGCAGGCAAGGGAUGCCUAUGAUGCUGCGCUGGCCGAGAAGCUGCUGAGUGGCAGUUUCAGGCCGGACCUUGUCGUCUUGGCCGGCUGGAUGCAUGUCUUCGGCAAGCCGUUCCUCGACCCCCUCGAGGCGGCCGGCAUCCAGAUCAUCAACCUGCAUCCAGCGCUACCUGGAAAAUACGACGGCGCAAAUGCCAUCGAGCGCGCCUUUGAGGACUUCAAGGCCGGCAAGCUCGAGAACAACAGGACAGGCAUCAUGGUGCAUUUCGUCAUUGACAAGGUCGACCGGGGAGAGCCUAUCCUGACUCGCGAGAUCGAGUGCCGCGAGGGCGAGGACUUGCACCAGCUCGAGGAGAGAAUACACUCAAACGAGCACGACCUGAUAGUCGACGCCACGGCCCAAGUCUCCGAACGAAUUCUCGCGAAGAGGGCCAACAAGCCGUGA